GCAGCGUGUAGCGUCCUUCAUUUCAGUGAAACAGCAGCGUGUAGCGUCCUUCAUUUCAGUGAAACAGCAGCGUGUAGGGUCCUUCAUUUCAGUGAAACAGCAGCGUGUAGCGUCCUUCAUUUCAGUGAAACAGCAGCGUGUAGCGUCCUUCAUUUCAGUGAAACAGCAGCGUGUAGCGUCCUUCAUUUCAGUGAAACAGCAGCGUGUAGCGUCCUUCAUUUCAGUGAAACAGCAGCGUGUAGGGUCCUUCAUUUCAGUGAAACAGCAGCGUGUAGCGUCCUUCAUUUCAGUGAAGCACCAGCGUGUAGCGUCCUUCAUUUCAGUGAAACAGCAGCGUGUAGGGUCCUUCAUUUCAGUGAAGCACCAGCGUGUAGCGUCCUUCAUUUCAGUCCAUGUUUAAAAUGAUCCUCAGUUUCACGUUUCAGAUGUAUUUCUUUAAGCAGGAUAGACAGAAGUCUUGAGAGAACUCGUUUCUCAGGGGGGUCCUGGCCAUGUUGUUGUGCUAGUAAAGCUUGUUGCGCUUGUGUCGGGUUAGCCUCGCUAUCUGUUUCAGUCGAGUGCACCGGUACUGCACCUGUGCUUGUUGCGAGGGAGAGAAGGCAGUGGCCGAGCCACUGUGCCCCCCUGUCUGUGCCUCGCUCUGCGCUUCAGAAAGCGGUGGAUGGUUACCCAACAAAGACGGGAGGGACCGCACAGCCGCAAGCACUCACACACACACACACACACACAGAGAGAGACACGCUGCGCGUCUCACAGCUCACUCCCUCAGGCUGUCUGAAGACUUGAACAAACAAAACGAGAGCGUUUCACAAGGAACUGCGAGAGAGAACGAGAGAUCGUCACCGUGAGUUUUUUAAAGUUUCAACCGAAAUGUCGUCCAGCAGAAGAGUGGGUUUUUAUCGGCAAGACAUCAGCAAGACGGUUUGGGAUGUCCCGGAUCGGUACACCGACCUGAAGUCCGUGGGUUCGGGGGCGUACGGAGCUGUGUGCUCCUCCACAGACAAGCGGACUGGAUCUAAAGUGGCAAUCAAGAAGCUGAACCGACCCUUCCAGUCUGAGCUGUUUGCAAAGAGAGCCUACAGAGAGCUGCGACUCCUCAAGCACAUGAAGCACGAGAACGUCAUUGGGCUGGUGGAUGUGUUCACCCCUGACGUCUCAUUGGACAGAUUCCAGGACUUCUACCUAGUGAUGCCCUUCAUGGGCACUGACCUGGGCAGGAUCAUGAAGCUGGAGAGGCUGACGGAGGACCGCAUCCAGUUCCUGGUCUACCAGAUCCUGAAGGGCCUCAAGUAUAUCCACUCAUCAGGAAUCAUUCACAGGGACCUCAAACCUGGAAAUCUGGCCGUCAACCAGGACUGUGAGUUAAAGAUCCUGGACUUCGGUCUGGCCCGGCAUGCGGACAGUGAGAUGACGGGCUACGUGGUGACGCGCUGGUACCGAGCUCCAGAGGUCAUCCUCAACUGGAUGCACUACACCCAGACAGUGGAUAUCUGGUCGGUCGGCUGCAUCAUGGCUGAGAUGCUGUCUGGGAAGCCUCUCUUCAAGGGGAACGAUCAUCUGGACCAGCUGACAGAGAUCAUGAAGAUCACAGGGACGCCGACACAGGACUUCAUUCACAAGCUGCAGAGCCAGGACGCUAAGAAUUACAUCAUGAGUUUACCCAAAGUCCAGAAGAAAGACUUGCAAGCGCUUUUUUCAAAAGCAAACCCUCUAGCGGUCAGUCUGCUGGAGAAGAUGCUGGUUCUGGACGCUGAGCGGAGGAUCACAGCGGCCGAGGCGCUGGCUCACCCGUACUUCGAGUCGUACCGAGAACCCGACGAGGAGACCGAGGCUGAGCCCUACGAUGAGACCCUGGACCACACAGACAUGCCUGUGGAGCAGUGGAAACGUCACACGUUCACGGAGAUCCUAACCUUCAUGCCCACAGUGCUGGAGUCUAGAGAGACGUCGCUGUGAUGCUGGAGUGGAGCGGGCUGGCUGUGUGCGCUGAGGGGAGAAGGGCAGCAUUGCUACACAUGCAAUCAACAGGAACUGCACCAGAGAACUAUCCCAGCCUGACUUCAAACACACAACCAGGAAACCUGAGUGGGACGCUCGGUACUGAGAUCAGGGAUGGAAAUAAGACUCCUAUUGCACAGCAGUGUCGCCCAUGCCAGCUUUGUUAGCCCCAGUGUGUAUAGAUAACAAGCUCAGAUGUGUCUUAUUAAACCCACAGUAAAACCAGGAAUGGGUCAGUCAUGUUUUCAUCCCAGGUCUACCAUAACCUCAUUCAUUUCAACAUCACUGCUAAAAUCUCUCCAUUCACACCGGUCUGUCUGUCUUUCUGUUGCUGUCUGAUGUCUACAUAAAAGAAAACGAUAGUGUCACUGUAGCCAUAGAAAUGUUGUACAGCCAUUAACCAAGCAGUCUCUCUGUGGGGACACCUUGACUAUAGCACUCCCUGUGGGGACACCUUGGCUAUAGCACUCCCUGUGGGGACACCUUGACUGUAGCGCUCCCUGUGGGGACACCUUGACUAUAGCACUCCCUGUGGGGACACCUUGGCUAUAGCACUCCCUGUGGGGACACCUUGACUGUAGCACUCCCUGUGGGGACACCUUGACUAUAGCACUCCCUGUGGGGACACCUUGGCUAUAGCACUCCCUGUGGGGACACCUUGACUAUAGCACUCUCUGUGGGGACACCUUGACUAUAGCACUCCCUGUGGGGACACCUUGGCUAUAGCACUCCCUGUGGGGACACCUUGACUGUAGCACUCCCUGUGGGGACACCUUGACUGUAGCACUCUCUGUGGGGACACCUUGACUAUAGCACUCCCUGUCGGGACACCUUGACUAUAGCACUCUCUGU